GAAGAUUCCUGUCAUUUUCCUUGCUUCUUGAAGAAAAUACCUGGGUCAAUCUUGGUGGAAUAUUUGACCAACUGACUGGCUUGUUCAUAUUUCUCCUCAAUCAAGUUACCAAUAGCCAGUUAUGUAUUUUAUUUGACUACAUUGGAUUCUCUACUAGAUUCAGAACUUAACAGAUCAAGAGUUUCAGCCAUUUGAAUCUUUAACAUUUAGAUAUCUUCAGAAUGAAACCAAAGACAGGUAUCCAUGGUCAUUGGUAACUCUGCAGUUCACUUAGUUGCUGCUGCUGCUUGCCAUUCUUCCUCCUAUGCACCAACCCUCAGCUCGACUGAGACUGAGAUUGUUAGAAGCUUCAACCUUCUGAUCACUUUGUCAAGUUUAGCUGAAAUUUCAUGCCUCGUUGUCCUGUAGCAUAUAUUCUCUUACCAUUUUUUGCCACUGAAUUUGUAAAUCUGUUUAAUUCCUUGUACCUUCCUUUGAGUUGAAUAAAAUUAAAGCUACAAA